AUGGCAUCCUCUGCUCACAAAACUGAAGAAGAAAAAAAGGAAUUUUUCGAUCCUCCUGAUGUAAUUGACUCAAAGGUUCGUAAACUUGCUAAAUGGAUCAGAAAGAGUAGACACUUUAUCGGAUUUACAGGUGCAGGUGUUAGCACCUCGUGCGGAAUUCCUGAUUUUCGCAGUGGGUAUAAUACAGUAUUGCCAACAGGCCCAGGUGCAUGGGAAGAGUUAGCGAAACAGCAAAAAGCAAAAAGAACUCAUGUUGUGAACAUCACUGAAGCGAUCCCAAGCCCAACUCAUAUGUGCUUUGUAAAACUAAUUGAAGAAGGUGUAAUGAAAUUUUUGGUAUCACAAAAUGUUGACGGCCUGCAUAGAAAAAGCGGAAUUCAUCCUUCAAAAUUAGCUGAGCUUCACGGGAAUAUUUAUGUCGAAAAAUGCAAAACCUGCAAAAAAGAGUACUUGAGAGAUUACGAAGUUAGAACUAAUGGGCAUGUUCAUAGUCAUGAGACUGGAAAUAGAUGUGAUAAUAAAGAAUGCAAUGGAGAGCUUAUCGAUACAAUUAUUAAUUUUCAUGAAAACCUAGACUCAGAUGUAAUAAAUGCUGGAUUUACUAAUGGAAGAAAUGCUGAUUUAUGCCUUUGUAUGGGAUCUUCUUUAAGAGUAACUCCUGCCGCAAACAUUCCUUUAGAAACCAAAAAAAGAGGUGGAAAAUUAGUUAUCGUUAACCUCCAGAGAACUCCUCUAGAUGAUUCCGCUGAUAUGGUGAUCAAUGCUUUCUGCGACACAGUUAUGGAAAAACUGAUGGGAAUUUUGAACCUAGAAAUACCAAGAUUCAAGAUUGUGAGGUACUUAAAGGUUUCUAAAACAGCUGAUGAUGGGAGAAGCCAAAUUGCUUGUGAAGGAAUUGAUAGUGAUGAAACUCCAUUUAGCUAUUUAAAAAGGAUUACUGCAAAAUAUAGCGGAAAUAAAGUAAGACUGAGAAGAGAGCCUUUUGUUAUUAACGACGAGGAUAUUUCAGGAGUCGUUGAGUUAUCAUUGAAAUUCCAAGGGCAUUAUGGAGAACCGAGACUGCAGCUAGCAAUAGAUGCAGAUAAGUUAGUUGAGCACGUACUGAAAUUUGAAUAUGAUCCAUUUGAAGGAGAAUGAACAUCUCUUACAGCAGUUAGGUAG